AUGAACGUGAUUCUGAUUGAUGCUCGCCAUAGCGGCCGUGCUACUAGCUUAUCUCUUCAACCGCUCAAUGUCAUCGCCAUAGAGGAUCAUUCUCGAGAACGACUCGCUAAGCGUUCGAGACGGAACUUUCCGCGUCUUGCCAGCCAAACCCCCCAAUUGCCCCUCUCUCUCCUCCUCUACAAUUAUUGGUUUCUAUUCCAUAUUAUUUCGGAUCAUCUACUGUACGGUAUCAUGGAGGUUUCACCCCAGGCCUUUUCCAAGUUGGCGCCUCAGCAUGCGUUAGCCCGUCCCCGGAACUCCACCAGCGUGUUGCAGAGCGUCACCAAUAAAACCAAGGCAGUUUCUACGACUGUAUAUACACCACCACUCGAUACGAGUACUCUUGCGGCGCAUGAUUUCGACGUUGACGUGCGUAGCGGCUUUAUGCCACCCGAGCCCCCCAUCGAUCGCCUGCCGCCCGAAUGGGCAGUUUGGGAAGAAAUUUUGGACGAUGCAGUCCAAUCUAGUCCUCGUCUAAAGGUUGGCGACUACGCCGACAUAUCAGCCGAGGAGACGGAACGAAGCGGACGAUGGCGAGAUUCCGUCCAAGACCCACCCAGCCUCAAUCCUAUCAUUAUCCCCUCUGUUCUCGCUACUCCUCUUCUUGCGGUAUCCAAGGAACUCGUGCUACCGCCUGUCCUCACAUACUCGGACACGGUCCUCUACAACUGGCGAUAUGCCAACGAGAAUUCUCGCGAGCUCAAGAGCGUUACCUUAUUUACCGGAACCAGAGACGAGGAACACUUCUUCCUCACGUCAGCCUACAUUGAGUUGGCCGGAGUCGAGGCCCUCUCGCUCAUGCAACGCUGCUAUGACGAAGCGUUCGUAGCAGAUUCCAUCGCCCUUCGUCGUAUCGCGUCAUACCUCAAGAAACUUGCAGGGGUCAUCAACAGACUUACCGCCAUCCUGGAUGCCGUCAGGGACGAGUGUGAUCCCAGGGUCUUCUAUCACGAAGUCCGACCCUGGUUCCGCGGAGAGGACAGCGGCAAGCGACGGUGGAUCUUCCUCAACGAAGACGGAGACGAGGUCGAUUUCGGAGAUCACCGAGAGUUGUCAGGUCCCAGUGCGGGCCAGAGCUCUCUUAUUCAUGCCCUCGAUAUCUUUUUAGGUGUGGACCAUACACCCCGCAGACCUGCUG